CCUGUGUCUCUCCAGGUGGAGUCGGAGUCCAACGUGCUCCAGGACGGCUCGCUGAUCGACCUGUGCGGUGCCACACUGCUGUGGCGGACCUCGGAGGGGCUCCUGUGCACCCCAACGCUGCAGCAACUGGAAGCGCUGCGCCAGGAGAUCAAUGCCGCCCGGCCACAGUGCCCUGUGGGCUUCAGCACCCUAGCCUUCCCCAGCUUUGCGCAGCGCGGGGUGGUCGAGAAGAAGCAGCCCUGGGUCUACGUCAACUGCGGCCACGUCCACGGCUUCCACAACUGGGGUUUCCGCAAGGAGAAAGGGGGCCUGGAGCGGGAGUGCCCCAUGUGCCGGCGGGCAGGUCCCUACGUGCCACUCUGGCUGGGAUGCGAAGCCGGGCUCUACCUGGGCGCUGGGCGGCCCACCCACGCCUUCUGCCCCUGCGGCCACGUCUGCUCCGCCAAGACUGUGCAGUACUGGGCCCAGAUCCCGCUGCCCCACGGCACCCACGCCUUCCACGCCGCCUGCCCCUUCUGUGGCACGUGGCUCACGGGCCAGCAGGGCUUCGUCCGGCUCAUCUUCCAGGGGCCGCUCGACUGAGCCGGGGAGGGGGGCGGGCGGGCAGGCGGGCGAGGGUCGGCGGUGGGCGAGGGAGACGGCAAAUAAACAGCAAAACAUC